CAUCGAUACAACGUUGUUAUCUAGUCUGCAGUCCAUUAAUGUAUUCAACUUCCAGUUGUCCUUUACAACUAGGUAUUUUCUGGGAAGGGUUUGGUGGGUGAGGGGUCUUUCAAAGGAGCUAUAGUCUAAUUUUCUACCUCAUAAGCCUCUUUGAGGAAAAGUUUCUAAAAGUUAGAAUGCUUAUCAUGAAAAGUUUGGAAACUACAGAAAAUAGAAGGAGAAAAUAAAAACCACCCGCAAUUCCAGCACUGGGGUGUAGCGCUCAGGCAGGUAAAGGGCUUGCAGAAAGGCAGUUGGAAGACAUCUCCGGUUCCUUCAGCUGCUGGUGACCCGGCCACCCAGACAGGCGGGCUGUGGGGUGGAGCCAGCCCCCGUCUGCCGCCUGGUCGUUCAUGCUGCUGCACGGUCCCUGGGCGAGUGCGGACCCAAUCCAAGCCGCCAGCAAACUGAACCACCCUUGGUGGUGCUUUUGUCGUGCAUACCCUUGGGGUGGGGUAGGGUGGAGAUCAUUAUUAAAUAUCCAGAACUUGUUGGAGACUUGAAAAGAAAUGUUGCAGGUCCUCUCUUGUCUUGUGUAUACCCCUCGCUUCCUAGACUUGGCGGGGGUUAAGGACGGGCGAGGAGCCUGACUGCGGGGAAACAGCAUCGGCCAUGUCCAUCAUCUUGCGGCUAUUUCAGACUAGCCUGUUGAUGAACCUCUUGGCCCAUACCAGUGGGCCACUGAAGAAGUGCGACACAGACUUCGAAACUGUGAAGUUUGCUCUUUGUUAAUGACGGUGCCUCUCAAAAGCCCUUGGGGGAAGGUUUCAGAACUGGUGUACAUGGUGAGAUUUGGACCUUCUGCGUGGUGCCUACCUGGGCGGUCCCCUGCGCCCUGACCAAUAGUGACUGAGAGCCACUCCCCUUUUUCCUGGCCUGGAAUGGGUCGUGGCUAAGUGAGUCUGGUUUGUGGGAAUGAUUUUGUUCUUAGCAGUUCCCCUUUGCGUGUGCCUCAGUUUCCCUGAGUUGGAAACCUACGCCUCGUGUGAGAAAGGGCCCCUGAAGGUCAUGAUCAAAAGCCUCGAGUAUUUUUCCAUGUGUUUGUUUUCUCUUCCCCUGCCCCAGACCCUCGCCUUGAAGGAGCUGGCCUUGGGGGUGAUAGUGGCGGGCAGCCGCCCAGGCUCCGUGCGCCCCGCUGGGCCCACGCAGCACCCAUCCUGGACAGGCCGGGCUGAGGGGCUGCUCUUCAAAGAAACCCUUUGAAGUGCAAACAUUUCCUUUCCUGAAAAGAAGGGAAAUUGAAAUGAAAACAUAUUGUUCUGUGCAGACAAUGUUCCCUUCGAUCAAAGAGGGAGCGGGGCUUAUAAAGGGGGAUUCACAGUUCAGACCUGGACGGGGCGACCAUGUGGGUGUGAGCAGCCGUCCCGAGGAGGAGGAGGAGGAGCGGGACGCGUCUGUGAGAUCGGAGUUGGAAGCACCCCUCGUACCCUCCUGAGACGUCUCUGCUCCAAGAUCCAGGCGAUCCUCAGGUGACAAGGCGUUGAUCCUCGCAUCGUAGUCCAGGUCUGAACAGCAGAAUGGGGUGCAAAGUGCUGCUCGGCAUCGGCCAGCAGAUGCUGCGGCGGAAGGUGGUGGACUGCAGCCGGGAGGAGAGCCGGCUGUCCCGCUGCUUGAACACCUUCGACCUCGUGGCCCUCGGGGUGGGCAGCACGCUGGGAGCCGGCGUCUACGUCCUGGCCGGAGCCGUGGCCCGCGAGGACGCGGGCCCUGCCAUCGUCAUCUCCUUCCUGAUCGCCGCGCUGGCCUCGGUGCUCGCCGGCCUGUGCUACGGCGAGUUUGGCGCCCGCGUGCCAAAGACGGGCUCGGCCUACCUCUACAGCUACGUCACCGUCGGGGAGCUCUGGGCCUUCAUCACCGGCUGGAACCUGAUCCUCUCCUACAUCAUCGGCACUUCAAGCGUAGCGAGGGCCUGGAGCGCGACGUUCGAUGAGCUCAUAGGCAGACCCAUCGGGCAGUUCUCGCGGACGCACAUGGCCCUGAAUGCCCCGGGGGUGCUGGCCGAAAACCCCGACAUAUUCGCCGUGAUCAUAAUUCUCAUCUUGACAGGACUUUUAACUCUCGGUGUGAAAGAGUCAGCCAUGGUCAACAAAAUAUUCACUUGUGUCAACGUCCUGGUCCUGGGCUUUAUCAUGGUGUCAGGAUUUGUGAAAGGAUCAAUUAAAAACUGGCAGCUCACGGAGGAGGAUUUCCGGAACACGUCCGGCCAUCUGUGUCUGAACAAUAACACGAAGGGAGGGGCUCCUGGUGUUGGCGGAUUCAUGCCCUUCGGAUUCUCCGGCGUGCUGUCAGGGGCUGCGACUUGCUUCUACGCCUUCGUGGGCUUUGACUGCAUUGCCACCACAGGCGAGGAGGUCAAGAACCCGCAGAAGGCCAUCCCCGUGGGCAUCGUCGCCUCCCUCCUCAUCUGCUUCAUCGCCUACUUCGGGGUGUCGGCCGCCCUCACGCUCAUGAUGCCGUACUUCUGCCUGGACAAGGACAGCCCCCUGCCCGACGCCUUCAAGCACGUGGGCUGGGAAGGCGCCAAGUACGCGGUGGCCGUGGGCUCCCUCUGCGCGCUUUCUACCAGUCUUUUAGGCUCCAUGUUUCCUAUGCCUCGAGUUAUCUACGCCAUGGCCGAAGAUGGACUGCUGUUUAAAUUUUUGGCCAAAAUCAACGAUAGGACCAAAACACCGAUAAUCGCCACGUUAACCUCCGGUGCCAUCGCUGCUGUGAUGGCCUUCCUCUUUGACCUGAAGGACCUGGUGGACCUCAUGUCCAUCGGCACCCUCCUGGCCUACUCUUUGGUGGCUGCCUGCGUGUUGGUCUUACGGUAUCAGCCAGAGCAGCCUAACCUGGUGUACCAGAUGGCCAGAACGUCCGACGAGCUGGAUCAGGUAGAGCAGAGCGAACUGGGCAGCACCAACGACUCCCAGACGGGCUUCCUGCCGGAAGCGGAGAUGUUUUCUUUGAAAGCCAUACUCUCACCCAAAAACAUGGAGCCUUCCAAACUCUCUGGGCUGAUAGUGAACAUUUCAACCAGCCUCAUAGCCACUCUUAUCAUCAUCUUCUGCGUCGUGGCCGUGCUCGGGAAGGAGGCUCUGACUCAAGGGAAGCUGUGGGCAAUCUUGGUGCUCACAGGAUCUGUCCUCCUCUGCACCUUGGUCACCGGCAUCAUCUGGAGGCAGCCUGAGAGCAAGACCAAGCUCUCGUUCAAGGUGCCCUUCCUGCCCGUGCUACCCAUCCUCAGCAUCUUCGUGAACGUCUAUCUCAUGAUGCAGCUGGACCGGGGCACCUGGGUGCGGUUUGCGGUAUGGAUGCUCGUGGGCUUUGGCAUCUACUUUGGCUACGGUCUGUGGCACAGCGAGGAGGCGUCCCUGGCAGCCGACCAAGCAAGGACUCCUGACGGCAAUUUGGACCAGUGCAAGUGACGCGCAGCCCUGCCCCCUGUAGGGGGCAGCAGCCCCGAGGGACACCCCAGGAGACAGGGAGGCACCCCGCCCUCCCCGCCAGUGUAACAAGAACCACCCACACCCACGACGCCCCCAACGCAGCCGCAGGUGCGAUUACUUGAAGCGCAGC